UCACGUGAACAUAUUUAUGAUUUUACAGUGAAAAUCCAAUUUAAAAACAAUUCAAAAAGAAAGAAGAAACAUUGUGAAAGCAGGGACAAUGUUAAGAAAAGUCAUCCACUGCAUCAGUUUAUUUGUGCAGAUAUCGCUGACAUUGGGUGAUUAUCCAUUUAGAAAUGUUUCACUACCUUGGUCUGAGAGGGUUGAUGAUUUGGUUGGGAGGUUGACUUUAGAUCAGAUUGUUCAACAGCUUGCGCGAGGAGGUGCAGGAGAAUAUGGGGGACCCGCCCCCGCCAUCGAGAGUUUAGGUAUCGGACCCUAUCAAUGGAAUACCGAGUGUCUGAGAGGUGAUGUGGAGGCAGGGAAUGCCACCUCUUUCCCUCAGGCUAUUGGGCUUGCUGCUGCUUUUAGUAAGGAUCUCAUCUAUAAUAUAUCAAAAGCAGCAGCCACUGAAGUGAGAGCAAAACACAAUGAUUUUGUGAAGCGAGGAAUUUUCACUGAUCAUACUGGACUCAGCUGCUUCAGUCCAGUGGUCAACAUCAUGAGGCAUCCGCUGUGGGGCAGAAAUCAGGAAACAUACGGGGAGGAUCCAUACCUUUCUGGGGUGUAUGCCCACUAUUUUGUUCAGGGACUGCAGGGAAGUAAUGACAGAUACAUACAGGCCAAUGCGGGCUGUAAACAUUUUGAUGCCCAUGGUGGACCAGAGGACAUCCCGGUGUCCAGAAUGAGUUUUGAUGCAAAGGUUUCUAUACGAGAUUUGAGGCUGACCUUCCUACCAGCAUUUAAGAAAUGUGUAGAAGCUGGAGCAUACAGCCUUAUGUGCAGUUAUAACAGAAUAAAUGGUGUACCUGCCUGCAGUAAUGACCUUCUCCUGCUGGACAUACUGAGGGGGGAGUGGAACUUUUCAGGAUAUGUGGUCAGUGACGAGGGGGCCAUAGAAAACCAGAUCACCUUCCAUAAAUACUACAAUAACUCCUUAGAUGCUGCAGCUGGGUCAGUGAAUGCGGGGUGUAAUCUUGAACUGUCUGCAAACCUUAAGGACCCUGUUUUUAUGAGCAUUGGUGAUGCAGUUAAGAGUGGAAAGUUGGAAGAGUCUGUAGUUCGAGACCGAGUUAAGCCUUUAUUUUAUACCAGAAUGAGGCUGGGAGAGUUUGAUCCUCCUGAGAUGAACCCCUACUCUACUGUCAAUCUGUCCGUCAUCCAGAGUGAAGAACACAGGAACCUGUCUCUCACAGCGGCAGCCAAGUCCAUGGUUCUGUUGAAGAGGCCAUCAAAGUUUGGUAGGGAGCAUCUGAUUGGUGGAUUUCUUGCCGAAAGAAUGGCAGUUAUUGGACCAAUGGCAAACAACAGUGACCAAAUGUUUGGUGACUAUUCCCCUACGACAGACCCCAAAUUUGUGAAAACUCCCCUGAAAGGCCUCUCAGAGCUGAACUUUUCUAUGAACUAUGCAGCAGGCUGUUUAGAUGGUACACCUUGUCAGAACUACUCACAAGAGGAUGUUAAGACUGCGCUUGUAGGGGCGGAUCUAGUAGUGGUGUGUUUGGGAACAGGGAAAGGACUAGAGAGUGAGAAUGUUGAUAGGAAAGACAUGUCACUACCAGGGAAACAGCUCCAACUUCUUCAGGAUGUUGUUGCAAUGACUGACAAAGUGGUAUAUCUACUGGUUUUCUCGGCGGGGCCUGUGAACAUCACCUGGGCUGAGGAAAAUGAGAGAGUGCUGCUCAUCAUUCAGUGUUUCUAUCCUGCCCAAGCCACGGGGGAGGUCGUUAAACAAGCUCUCAUUAUGAAAGACGGAAGGUUUAAUCCGGCAGGGAGACUGCCCUAUACCUGGUACAAAUAUGCUGAUCAGAUUCCCUCCAUGACUGACUAUUCUAUGACCAGGAGGACGUACCGCUAUUUUACGGGUGUACCUCUGUAUCCCUUUGGGUACGGUCUCUCCUACUCCACCUUUGUGUACAGUAAGCUGUAUUAUGUGUCCAAGGUCAAAGCUGGGGACCCCAAUGUUGUACAGGUCCGUGUGUUCAACGAAGGUCCAUUUGAUGGUGAUGAGGUAUUUCAAGUCUACAUAAAAUGGUUGUCUACUAAAGAGAGAAUGCCUCGCCUUCAGUUAGUGGCGUUUGAGAGAGUGUUCAUUAAGAGUCUUCGGUAUGUAGAUAUCUCCAUCCCUAUAGAAGCCCAGAGUAUGGCGGUGUGGAGGGAUGGUGUAGGUUUUGUCAUUGAACCAGGUAAGACACAGAUAUACAGUAAAACCACAACAUCUCAAACACUGAUAUCUCGAAUACU